GACAAAGAACACACAGUCGUUCUUGAGAUGAAGAUCGUUCGGAGAGAUUUCGCCCCGGAUGGCCCUGGCAGCGUCAAGAUGAUUCCCGACGAAUCAGACGACUUGUGGGUCGCUUAUAAUUUAAUUGCUCCCGGUGAUACUAUCAUGGCUGUUACUGUAAGAAAAGUUCUUAGAGAAGCAGCUUCUGGAUCAAGAGAAGCAGAGCGUGUGAAACUAAAACUUGAAAUCAAAGUUGAGAAUGUUGAUUAUGACAAAGAAGGUGCUGUUCUGAGAAUACGUGGGAAGAACAUCCUGGAAAAUGAACAUGUAAAAAUAGGGGCAUUUCAUACACUUGAAAUUGAAUUACAUCGGCCUUUUGUGUUGAGAAAGGUCUUCUGGGACUCACUAGCAAUAGAUGCACUUCAUCAAGCCUCAGAUCCUUCUGCCAGUGCUGAUCUUGCAGUGGUGCUAAUGCAAGAAGGCUUGGCACAUAUCCUCCUUGUAGGUAAAAGUGUGACACUUACACGUUCUCGGAUAGAAGCUUCGAUUCCUCGCAAGCAUGGGCUUUCUGUAGCUGGUUAUGACAAAGCUUUGAAUAAGUUUUAUGAGAAUGUUUUACAAGCAUUUAUGAAGCAUAUUGACUUCAAAGUUGUUCGAUGUGCUGUAAUUGCAAGUCCAGGAUUCACUAAGGAUCAAUUUCAUCGCCAUUUAAUGUUGGAAGCAGAAAGGAGAGAUCUAAGGCAUAUAAUUGAAAACAAGUCACGCAUCAUUCUUGUGCACUCGACUUCGGGAUACAAACAUAGUUUGAGAGAGGUACUUGAUGCUCCAAAUGUGAUGAGUAUCAUCAAGGAUACAAAAGCAGCCCAAGAGGUCCGCGCUCUUAAGGAUUUCUUCACCAUGCUUUCUAAUGACACACAUCGUGCAUGUUAUGGGCCAAAGCAUGUUGAGGUUGCUCAUGAAAGAAUGGCUGUUCAGACACUACUUAUCACCGAUGAGCUUUUCAGGAGUUCUGAUGUAGCUACAAGGCAACGAUAUGUGAAUUUGGUGAACACAGUAAAGGAAUCUGGGGGCACAACUCAUGUAUUUUCUUCAAUGCAUGUUUCAGGGGAGCGUGAGUACAGACACUUCAUAUUUUGGAUGUUUCAAUCUUGUACUUGUAUUGAACUGGCUCAGCUCACAGGAAUUGCUGCAAUACUUCGCUUUCCCCUACCGGACCUUGAUGACAUCGAAAUGUAAGUUAAUGAAUCACAACAACAGGCCGACUGAUUCUUAUUUGUUUAUUACUGUACCAGUAAAUAAACUAUGUGAAAUAAUUAUAUUCUAGACCCAACCACAGGUUUCAGGAUUACAUUUUCAAUGUUUUCUAGAUUAUUUCUCGAUGAUAUGUAGUUGAAUUGCUACCAUCAUAACCUUUAUUUUGUUUUCCUUUUACUAUUAUACACUUGUACUGUGUAAUGUAUAAUGUAUGGAUGUAUGUAUGUUUAAAUUAAGGGUGUUGGC